AUGUCAGACUCUACAGCUGAAUUGAAGAAACGAACGCGUACUGAUUAUCCAUAUUUUCUCGAGUACCGGACGCGAUGGAGCGACAAUGAUCAGUACUCUCAUAUGAACAACUCCAUCUACUACCACCUCUUCGACUCCGUCGUGAACACGUACCUCAUCGAGCACUGUGGCCUUGAUCCGACCCACUCGCCGCAAAUAGGCCUUGUCGUGUCUUCCUUCUGUCAGGCGCGUAUCCAACCAAUUAUCAUCGCAUUGCACGGAUUUUGGCUUAUGGUCGAUUUACAACGACAGUACUUCGCUCCGGCUGCGUUUCCUGAGGUCCUGGAUCUUGGUUUGCGCGUGAGUAAGCUAGGGGAGCGCUCAGUCACCUACGAAAUCGGCGUGUUCAAACAGGGAGCGGAGAGCCCGGGUGCUGUCGGGGGGUACACACACGUAUUCGUGGAUAGCAAAACUCGGAAGAGUGUCCAAAUGGAUGGUAGGAAGAAGGAAGGUCUGGAAAAACUCGUGUCUCGUUCAAAAGGGAAGCUGUAA